AUGCAGGUGGCCACCCCUCUCAUCGUCCUAUCAAUUGCUCUCAAGGCAUCAUUGCUCGCCGUUGUUCUGGCCGCCGCCUCAUGGUUCAUUCACCAAUUCUUCAUUCUUCCUCUCUUCGAUCCUCUGCGCCACCUGCCAGGGCCCUCAGCCUCUGCUUUGCAGAACCAUUUCAGUCAAGUCAUGAAUCCCUCUCAAUCUCCAGACACUCAUGAGCGCUGGACCAAGUCAUUUGGCAAAACGUUCAAAUUUCACGGAUUUGGAAGGCAUGACCUGAGGCUAAUGUCUUUCGACUUCCGCGCCGUUACUCAUGUGUUGAACUCACCUGCCUUCGAGAAACCAUGGCAGACACGUAGGCUGCUUGCGAGGUUGAUUGGACGAGGGAUUUUUUCCAUGGAAGGAUCAGAGCAUAAAUUGCAACGCAAAAUCAUCGGGCCGGCAUUCACCUCACUGUCCAUUCGGAACAUGACCCCAGUGUUUGUCCAAAAAGCCCAAGAAUUAUGCGAACGAUGGGACUCUAUACUAUCUGACGAAGUCUCCGCACCCACCCUUGAUACAGAGGUCUCUAACCAACGAGUGGAAGGCGUAAUUGAUGUAGCUCAUUGGUUUUCCCGAGCAUCUUUUGAUGUCAUCGGUCUCGCUGGCUUCAACUACCAUUUCCAUGCUUUGGAGGAUGAAUCAGAGGAAAUUUACCUGGCUUAUCGGCGUAUGUUUAAAAUCUGUGACAAAGGCUUGAACCUGAGAGGGUUGCUGGACUUGUACCUUCCUCAAUUACGGCGAGUUUGGCCCACCAGAGAUACGACAGCGAUUGACCAGAGUUUAAGGCAAAUCGAUAAAUUUGGAAAGAAAUUGAUCGCCAAAAAGAAGAACUCGUUGACGACGGAGCAAAAAGAAGUCAAAGAGAAGGAUCUCUUGAGUAUUCUCAUUAAAUCUAAUCUAUCAUCGGACCCUUUGAAGCGUCUCUCCGACGUUGAACUGCUUGACCAAUGCUCUACCUUUCUCCUUGCCGGAUCAGACUCUGUUUCCGUAGCCCUCUCAUGGUGUCUUCAUUUUCUCGCCCUUCAUCCAUCUGUCCAGACCCGUCUGCGCGAGGAAAUAUCGUCGGGCUUGUCAUCAUACGGUCUUUCUCAUGUUUCCCUCAACGGGGACAACUCUGAUUGCUCUGCGGAUUCGGGCUUCGCGGAGGAGUAUAUUCGACCUAUACCAGAGGGCAACAAUUCACACAAAGCAUACUCGGCUGCGGUAGAACGCCUCCCAUUUCUGAAUAGUGUCAUUCGAGAAGCCUUGAGACUAUGCCCGCCAGUUCAUGGAACAAUUCGCGUUGCAACUAUGGACGAUCACAUUCCCAUUUCGCAUCCUAUCACGUUACCGGAUGGUACACAAGAAACACAAUACAUCAAGAUUCGUAAAGGCAGCUAUGUGCACAUUCCAAUAGAAGGCUUAAAUUAUUGCUCCGACAUUUGGGGCGAUGAUGCUCGGGUCUUCAAUCCUGAUCGUUGGUCAAACCUCCCUCCGAAUGCACGCUCUCCGAAAUAUCCCGGUAUAGGAAAUAUGAUGACCUUUGGAUUCGGUCCCCAUUCCUGCCUUGGUUACAAGUUCACUAUUGCCGAGAUGAAGAUCUUCCUUACCACAAUCCUCCCUCGGUUCGAAUUUAGCCCAGUUGACGACGUUCGAAUCAGCAAGUGUAAUUCUAUCUUGACUCGACCAUAUAUUACAGACAAAUGGGAGCUUGGGACACAACUACCUCUUCGAGUCAAAAAGUUACGCGCAGUUUGA